AUGGCCAUGCCGACGUCCACGCCCGCCCCCCACGACAAAGACCCCCCCCUCCACGACGUCGCCGAUCUUCGCGACGCGGCCGCCAAGCCGAUGGGCAACGUCCAGUCGCUCCUCCACCGCCGCCUUCGCGCGCUGCAGAAACGCUCCGCGAAGAUCGAACGCGCCGUCGCCAAGGAGCGCGACGGCGGCGAGAUCGACGACCAGCAGCGCGAGCUCGUCGCCGGCGCGGCGCUCACGACGUCGAUGCUCGACGAGAUGACCAAGCUCUUCGAUCAGUGCGUCGGCGCGAUCGCGGCGGACGUGCGCGACGCGGUCGCGGACGCGAAGGCGCGCGAGAUCGCGACCGCGCGCGAAGCCAUCGAACGGCUCGAGAAGACGUCGCGGGACGAACGUCGCGACGCGGAGGCGAGGGAGACGCGGCGCGAGAGGGACGAGAAGAGACGCGCGAAGGAGCGCGAGGGCGCGCUGAGAGCGUUGGAGAAGCGGUGCGAGGCGGCGGAGAAGGCGGCGAGGGCGGCGAACGAUCGCGCGGCCGCCGCGGAGCGCGCGCUCGCCGACGCCGCCGCCGCCGCCGCCGCCGCCGCGGAGAAGGCGAAGAAGGCGACGAUCGCGCGCGACCCCCUCCCCAAACGCCCCAACGACGCCGACGCCGUCGCCGCCGCGGUCGAGGACGCGACCAGGGAGAUCAUCACCCUGCUCUACUACGCGAACGCGUUCGACCUCUCCCUGCCGGACGUCCCGCCGUUCUCGCACGCGCUCGAGAGGGAAGCGGCGUUGUCGUACCACGCGGAUCCGCGGUGCCGCACCCAUCGGUCGGUGACGGCGGAGGACCUCGACGCGUUGGUCGCGCUCGCGCGCGCGGCGACGACGCGCGCCGCCGCGGACGUCGGCGACGGCGCGACGCAGACGCAGAUGAUGUCGCACGCGGAGGCGAUCGAACGGUGCGUCGCGCUCGCGACGUCGUGGGUGUCGUCGACGAACGCCCUCCCCGCGCCCGCGUGGACGUCGCGCGCGCGAGGCGUCGUCGACGCCGUCCGCGGGAGCGGGUGGAAUACGCUUCGACCGGUGAUGCACGGCGUGGGCGACGUGGGCGGCGCGGACGGGGGGGACGCGAUGCCGAUGCCGCCGGCGGCGGCGCGGCAGACGGGCCACCACCUCGCGGGAGGAGGGAGGGAGGAGAAGGAGGGGGAGGACCGCGCGUCGGCGCGGCCGAGGGCUCGCGAGCGGGAGCGAAAGCCUCCGGCGGCGGCGGCGGCGGCGCGUUCGAACGGCGCCUCCCCCGGGACGGUCCUCGCGGCCGCGCCGGGUCAACCUGCCCCGGAGGCGUUCUUCUCGGGGAUGGGAGGCAUGGGGUUCCUGGACAUGGUCCAGCGGCAGCAGCAGCAGCAGCAGCAGCAGCGGCAAGGGCAGCAGCGAGGGCAGCGGUGGCGGCGCCCGAGACGCGACGAGUUCGCGCCGCCGCCGCGCGGGUUCAGCCCGCCCGCGCGCGUCCCCACGCCGCCGCCGCUCCUCCCGACGCUCUCGACGGUGUCGUCCAUGGACCAGUACGGGUUCGUCGCCGCGAUUUCCGAGGGCGGGGACGAGCACGUCGGCGAAGGCGUCGGGAAGAAGACCGCGAAGCGAGGCGGCGGCGGCGGGAAGGGCGAGAAGCGAAACGCGAACGCGAACGCGAACGCGGCGCGACGCGGCGGCGGCGGCGGCGGCGGCGGCGGCGAAAGAGCCGCCGUCCCCGCGCCCGCGGUCCCCGCGCCCGUCGUCGCGAGGACGACGACAGCGCCGCCCGGCCCCGGCGGCGGCGAGAAGAGGAAAGAGCGCGGCGACAGGAACGGCGGCGGCGGGAGAGGCGGGAGAGGCGGAGGAGGGGAGAAAAAGACCGCGCGCGGCGGCGGCGGCGGCAGCGGCGGCGGCGGCGGACGCGGCGGACGCGGCGGGGAGAGGAAGUGA